AAAAUGAACCUGUCUCAGAUGAAACAAAAUGURCUGUUCCAGGCCUCAGUGUCAUUCCGGGAUGUGACUGUGGAACUCACCCAGGAGGAGUGGCAGCACAUGGGUCCUGCUCAGAGGACCCUGUACAGAGAGGUGAUGCUGGAGAACUACAGCCACCUCGUCUCUCUGGGGUACUGCAUUUUCAAACCAGAGGUGGUCUUCAAGUUGGAGCAAGSAGAAGCACCUUGGUUCUCAGAGGAGGGAAUUUCAAACCAAAAUGACCCAGAAAAUUGCAAAGUUGAUGACUUGAUCAAGAGGAACAAGAAAAUCAAAGRCAAAGACUUACAACAGAUAAUAUUCAUCAAAAGUAAAACAUUGACUAGAGAGAGAGGGGAAAUUUGGGACAAACCAUUUACUCAGCCCACAGCUCCAGUUUGUUCAGCAAAACUGUCCUGCAGAUGUAAAUCAUGGGGAGWGAAUUUUCAAAAUAUUUCUGAAUUUGUCCAAAAUAAUAGAAACUGUUCAACAAAGAAAACAAAUUGCCAUAAUGUAUGUGAGAAUUUGCCUUUCAAAAUUAAGUUUGGCAGAACUCAUACUGGAGAGAACUUUUAUGAAUACAAUAAAAACAUGCAAGACCUCAGUUAUAAGGAAACUYUUGAGCAUAAGAAAUUUCAAACACUGGAGCAAGAUCUUGAAGGUAAUAAGAUGCGAAAAACCUGUGAGAAUGCCGACUUUGUUACACAUAAGAGUUUUCACACAGAAGAAAAUUCCUAUAAAGKUGGUGAGUGUAGGAAAAACCUUCAUAAGAUAACUCUUUUUGACCAUAGACGAAUUAACACCAGGGAGAAACCCCCAUGUCUUCACCAGUGUGGAAAGUCUUCCUUUGAGAAGUCAGCCCUGGAGGAACACAAUAAAUAUAACACUGCUAUGAAGUAUCAUGAACCUAAUGCCCCUAGACAUCAUUUCAGCAAGCAGUCAAACCUCAUUCAGCCUCAGAGAACUGUUGCAGAAGAGAAUCCAUCAGUAUGUAUUGACAGAAUACACACUARGGAUAAAUCCUUUGAAUAUGAAAAUAAGAGGUCUUAUCAGACACUAACCUGCAAAGUAAAGCAGAGAACUCACUCUGACAUGAAACCCUAUAGAUGUAGUGAAUGUGGGAAAUCCUUUUGUCAGAAAGGCCAUCUCAUUCAGCACCAGAGAACUCACACAGGAGAGAAACCAUUUGAAUGUAAUGAAUGUGGAAAAACUUUCUCCCAAAAGUCCCACCUCAAUACACAUCAAAGAAUUCACACAGCAGAGAAACCCUAUAAGUGUAAUGAAUGUGGGAAGACAUUUGUCCAAAAGUCAACCCUCAGGGGACAUCUGAGAAUCCACACAGGAGAGAAACCCUAUGAAUGUAUUGAUUGUGGGAAAACUUUUGUUCAGAAGUCGACCCUCAGAGAUCAUCACAGAAUUCACACAGGGGAGAAAUCCUUUCAUUGUAAUGAAUGUGGAAAAACUUUUGGCCAGAAAUCUAACCUCAGAAUACAUCAAAGAACUCAUAGUGGGGAGAAGACAUACCAGUGUAAUGAAUGUGAAAAAUCCUUCUGGCGCAAAGAUCAUCUCAUUCAACAUCAGAAAACUCACACGGGAGAGAAACCAUUUCAGUGUAAYGAGUGUGGGAAAACCUUUGCCCGGACAUCAACCCUCAGAGUGCAUCAGAGAAUUCAUACUGGGGAGAAACCAUUUAAAUGUAAUGAGUGUGGGAAAAAGUUUGUACGGAAAGCAAUCCUUAGUGAUCAUCAGAGAAUUCAUACAGGGGAGAAACCCUUUCAGUGUAAUAAAUGUGGGAAGAUGUUUGGGCAGAAAUCAAACCUCAGAAUACAUCAGAGAAUUCACASUGGGGAGAAAGCUUAUGAGUGCAGUGAGUAUGGGAAAGUGUAUAAGUCAACUCUAUGUAUCAUUUGA